AGGCUCCAGAGCUCGGGGGGAGGAUCUGGCUAAGGAGGGGCACCUAUUUUUCUUCUCCCAGCCUCUCCAGGACUUGCUUCUCCGCCUGUGUUUUACUUCCUUGUACAUUUCUGGUGCUGUGUUCUCGGCCUUCUCUGGUGGAUACUCAGAAGUACACUGGCCUCAGAGGCUGGAGAGGAUGAGAGCAACCUGUGUUUCACGGAGAGCUCUCCUUAUCGCCAGGCUCAUUUGGGAGUUGCUCUAAGUGAGGUUGUACCUGUUCUUAGGAUUUCCCACGAAGCGUACCAGUGCUAGAAUUGUGCGGCUGAGAUGAAGCACGAAACCCUUAGCAGAUCCGAGCUCCACCGGCCAGCACUGUCUUCAGUGACAAGGCCCCGCGACGGAGGACGGCCCAGGGCAGCGGCGGCAUGUGAGGGUGACAGCGCGCGCGCCAGGAGCCCGAGAGCGCGGAGCGCGCGUGGGCCAGGUGGACGUCAGCCUGCCGGCGGGGCCGCCGGGCGCUCGGCAUGGACGCAGAAGGCUUGGGUUGGCUUCUGGUCCCGCUGCACCAGCUGGUUUCCUGGGGGGCAGCUGGGGCCAUGGUCUUCGGAGGGGCGGUGCCGUACAUCCCGCAGUACAGGGACAUCCGGAGGACUCAGAACGCCGAGGGCUUCUCGACCUACGUGUGUCUGGUGCUCUUGGUGGCCAAUAUCUUACGAAUCCUCUUCUGCUGCAGAUAAUAAAGAUGAAGCCAGAGCCCCCCCCAGGCGGUCACAUCUGGACUUCGACCCCCAGCACUUCUGGCACUGGAGCAGCUUUGGGGAUUACGUGCAGUGUGUCCUGGCCUUCACCGGUGUGGCGGGCUGCGUCACCUACCUGUCCAUCGACUCAGCCCUUUUCGUGGAGAGCCUGGGCUUCCUGGCCGUGCUGACCGAGGCCAUGCUGGGCAUGCCGCAGCUCUGCCGCAACCACCGCCACCAGUCCACCGAGGGCAUGAGCAUCAAGAUGGUCCUCAUGUGGACCAGCGGCGACACGUUCAAGACGGCCUACUUCCUGCUGAACGGCGCGCCCCUGCAGUUCUCGGUGUGCGGGCUGCUGCAAGUGCUGGUGGACCUGGCCAUCCUGGGGCAGGCCUAUGUGUUCACCCGCCACCCCCUAAAGCCAGCCCCCCACGCGGCGCACCCCGCCAGCACCAAGGCCCUCUGAGGCAGCCGGGAGGAUGAGGAUGCAGGACCACGGGCUGUGGGCUCCGGCCCGGCUACCUGUCCUCCCCGAGUGGGGCAGGUGGGUGCUGCGGCCCCGAGACAGGGUCCAAACCAUUGGGGUCUUGCUCAGCCUCUGCGGCUCUCGGGGGGUGAUGGGGGCCUGGGUGCCGACAUUGUGCUCUGUUAUCCAGGACUCGUGUGAGCAGGUUUUCCCCCCAGGCUGGGCACCUGCUGUUCUCAAGGUGACGGAAAAGCAGGUCUCCUCUCCCACUUUGGCUCAAAAUACUGCUGGCUGGAGCCUGGGUCAUGUUCACAUACCAGGAGGAGGCCACCCUGGGCCCUGCGGGACCGAGGACCUCAGGAAACCUCCACAUCUCAGCCCCCGUGGCCUCGACGUGGCUGAUGGGGCCGAGGGGGCCGGCCUGCAGCUGGGCUGGGGAGCCCCAAGAUGGGCGAGACGGGGGGGCAGGAGUGGGAAACGGCACCAGGAAAGCCCAGGUCCCAGCCCACGGAGCCCGCAGCCUCAGACUGGCUGGGGGUGACUCACAGCAGGGUCGGGCCCGGGACACGUGGGGAUGAGGUACCGAAGCAUCACAGGGCUCUGGUUGCGAAACCCUAGGUAGGUACCUUUCCAGGGCCCCCAGUGGCCUUGCUGCUCUGCCGGCCCCUCCUGGGCGGGCUGCUGUGGACCCACCGUCUCCAGCUGGGCUCCGGCCAGUGUGAGCCCUGGGGUGUUGGGAGCGGGGCCUGGGUUCUCUGUGGGUGCUGGGGCAUGGCGGGUGCAGCAGACCCCGGGGCCGCCUGGGAAGGCCGAGGGCCCGGGCCUGGGGCCGGGCAGACCCCCUGGCCAUCCCCACAGAGGGCUACUGCACAGGCAUCCCUUUCCUCUGGGAAUCGCGUGCUUGGCAGAUGCGGCCUUAGGUGUCUGUCUUCCAGGCCUGGAGAUGCCUGCGGGUCAGGGCAGGGGGCAGCGAGGCAGGUGUCCCCCAUGCCGUGCGGGGCAUCCCUGCCGCACCCCCUCCUCCUGUGCAGCCCUCCGCAUCCGCUGUGCCUGGUGGUGGUGGGGCUGCCGGUCUGACAUUGGUCCCCCUUCGGUUUACACGAGCGUCUCAGCCGUGCCCAGCGGCCCUGCUCCAGCUCCGGGCCCCGCAGGGCAAGUGUUUAGAUGCUUCCACACGGCUCCCGCAGGCGCUUUCCCUUCCCCCAGGCAGAGGGGUGGCUCUGUAGCGUCCACGGUCCUGGGGCUGGUGCCAAAGCUGCAGCAUCUGCCGUGGCCAGUGGAAGGCGUGCGGAGCUGUUUCCUCCUCCUGAGUUUUCCUCAAAAACUCCUGAAUGUUUGAGGAUACCGCUUAGUUCUCUGGCCUGCAAGAUGCUUUGAAAACGUUUAUUUUUUAAAAAUGAAAGGAGAUGUCUGUAGCAGUCAUUGCCUCCAAAUUAAAACAUUACCAGUUGCAGGGGUGACCUACAUGCCAUGUGUGGGAGCACUGGUGAUUCUGUCAGGGUGGCUUUAAUUCAAUAAAUUGCUCGCGGAUCCAGUGUGGCCUUGUGAGUGGAGUCGGAGUGGGGGGGUCCAGGGCAGCGUAAAGGACCGGUCUCGUCCUCAUUCGCCUCCGGGGACCCCAGGGAAGGGCUGGGCCAGCGUCUCCUCCUUGGGGGACAGUUCUGGCCCCCGUGAGACCGGGGCUGCUCCCUCAGGCCCCCGGGGACAGUGGCCGCCCUGUGCCAGCAGGGCCAGGCGGGGGGAGGUGGCGCCCUGGUCUCCGCCAGUUCACACAGUUCCCUUAACAACGGGAUGCCUCAAAAGGUUGGGGAGUGUCUCCUUUAAAGGCCAAAAGAAGUGUUUCAGGGAAAACCGGUAAUUCUGUAUAGCAAGUAGGGUUGGAUCCGUUUGUACUGGGCAGUUUUUUUUUUUUUUUUUCACGCAGAGUAUUUACGCCGAGGGUAAGACCAAAAAAAUCAACAAAGUCGAAAUACACGGAAGUGAUAUAUUUUAAGUUUUUUUCAGUGAGUCACCCCAGCCUGUAGCGCUGGCCUCGGAGAGUCUGAGUGAGCUGAUCAAAGGUGGUGACAUCCGACGUGGCCGCCCCAGGCAGCAGGGAGCCUCGGUGUGGACCCUGGAGCCCAUGUACUGAAUCACGCAGGACAGGGGUCCUGCUCUGGGGGUGGAUUUUUGUUUUCCUUCUGAUAAUGUGUUAAUUGAAAAUAACUAUUUUAAUUAAAAAAAUUAAUGCCGUAGAAGUUCAAAUACUAAAAACCCCAAAAAAUACAUGAAGGUGCCUUUUGGGGACUUCACUAAUGAGCCAGGAAACGGCAGCGAACAGGCUCCUGUGCCCCUCUGAGGAGCGGGCCCUCGCGCUGCCCUUCACGGACAGAGCAGAGAGAGCUGUUUCACAGGCCCAGCCGCUGCCCCGGCCAAGAGCGCUCUGAGCCCCGAGCUCUGGGCACAGCCAUCCACCGGGGAGAGGGCAGACGUUUUUAAUAGCCCCACGAGAAGCGGGGCUUCUAGUGAAAAAAAAAUACGAAGGUCACUUUUUCCCCCAAACGCUAAAUGUCCUAUUUAUUUUUAUAGCUCUUCCUCUCAACAAGGAUAGCAUUUUGGAAACGGCAACAAAAUGGUGCCGCUGCCCCAGCUUCUGGGGUGCGUGAGCAAGUUCAUCUCAUUCAGUUGAGCUUCUGAAAGCUCUGAGCAGAUAAAGAGCUGCAAACGGUGCCGGCACCCUGCCCACAGCUCUCGAGCUGCCCUCGCCACCCCAGCCCCGGUAUCCAGCUGGCCAAGAAGCAGCUGUGUGUGCGCGCGGGGGUAUGCAUUUUCCCCGAAGAUAAGGGGUACAGGAAUUGGGGCUAUUUUGGAAGCAAAUAUGGGGGCCUCCGACCCUCAGCAUUGACAGUGGAGCAUGUUCAGCCCUGGAGCUGCCCUGUUCAGUCUGAGUGGCACACGUGGGUCAGCUGGGGGUGGCGGAGGGCCGGUCAGGGCCCAAGGGAGGGUGCACGGCACGUGCAGAAAGCAGCCCUGAGGGCGAGGGGAGUGUUGGCUGACUCCUGGAAUGUCACAGACACAAGUCACCCCCUUAAACGCUUCACAGACGUUUUGAGGUCAACCAGAGAGCUCUGGCAGGGACCAGGAUCCUGCAUCCUGGGGCUGUGGAGCCAGAGGGUUCUUCGGGAUCGCUCUGGUCUUACCGGUGGGGAGACCGAGGUGUGUGCCUGGCCCACUCAGCCUGCCCACCGGUUUGGUGGCCACAGCAAUCUAAACCCAGUGCCCCCGCGUCAGCGAGUCGUGAGUCGGCGGGAACUGACCAUCGCUCUCUGCACAGCACUUGGGGGGCCGAGACAGCUGCAUUCGCAAACCCAGUCUCCUGCCCUCCGUCCUGCAGCGCUUUCGAGCGAUUUCAGCAGGUGGCCAAGGAAGCAGCGAUGGCAACACCCCAUCUUGCAGGAGACGCGCAGAGCUGUCCCGCAGGGCUGUCUCCAGGCUGGGUUUCCUUGGCGUGUAUGAGGGAGGGAGCAGGCCGCGGGGACCUGGCCAGUUCCCGGCCCCCAACCCAGAUGGGCAACCGAGGCCGCAGCCAGCGGAGCCUGCCAGAGCGCAGCCGGAGGGACUGCGUUGGGGGGCUCGGGGUGGCGGUGGGGAGACGGGACAGCCAAGCCAGCGGCUGGCGCUCCGCCCCUCCCCACACACCCGCGGUUCCCAGCAGGACGGCCGACGGGCACCCCAUCCCGUGACCCGA